ACUAAUUUGGAAAAAUGAUGCCCAAUGAUUUUAACCAUAUGGCUAACAUUAUUACUGUUCUCUUUGAACAAAUCAUUGCAAGGAACCAUCAGAAGAUGGAUCAAGUUGAUGGAACAGACUCUGUAAUGGAAGAAGAGCUUGAUGAAGCAAAGAUUUUUGAGAACUCGGAAAUCACGAAAUUUGACUUCUUUGAUACUGUUUAUCAAAUAACUUCGGUGUUGGGACAGAGCAACCCUUGUUUAAUCUCUGCGUUGAUAGUCAUCGAUCGAUUCUCUGUCAAAAAUCCUUCAUUUAUGAUUACUCAGGACAACAUUCAGAGACUUCUUGUUGUCAGUGUCAGUUCCACCGCUAAGAUGCAUGAUGACUUCUAUUUCUCCAAUAAAAGCUGGUGACAGCUGACUGGGAUGGAUGUUCGUUCCUACAAUAAGAUGGAAUCUUUGUUCAUUAAGAUGAUGGACUUUGACUUUAAUGUUGACCAAGGUUACUACAACACCUACUGAAAAUCUCUAUACACAUUCAUCCAGUCAGUGCAGAAGGACCUAAGGCGCUCAUUUGAUCAGAUCUGCAGAUAUGCAGCAGCUCAGGAGGAGACUCAGUCCGAAAUUCCUGCUUAAAUCAAUAGCUCUACCUCUAUUGGCUCUUUUUAGCUUCUUACACAAAUGUUUGGAGCAAAGAUGAGUUUAAAGGUAGACAUUCAUCACAAAGGCGUCACUGCAGCAGCAGAGGCUCACUUCCUUUGUGGCUUAAUAAGUAUCUUUCUAACAAUAGACUUCUU